GACAGGGAUCGGCCUGUGUGUUUUGUUUACCCAUAUUUCAUUAGUCUGUGAUGUGGACAGGAAUCAGCAUCGGUCACACCCACUGUGACAGACGGCCGCCCUCCACUUCCUCAUUCGGAUCAAACUCUCCAGCUCCAGUCAUUACUACACUUCACACAUCGCAGUGUCAGAGAUGAGUUAUCCCGGAUAUCCUCCUGCAGGUGGAAGCUACCCGCCCGCCUCCGGCCCGUAUCAGCAGGCCCCGGCUGGAUACCCUCCCCAACCCGGUGGCUUUCCACCCCAGGCAGGAUACUAUCCGCCUCAGCCAGGAGCGUAUCCCCCCGGAGCAGGAUACCCACCCCAGGCUGGCGGAUACCCUCCUCAGGCCGGCGGCGGAUACCCAGCUGCCCCGGGAGGAGGGUUCCCGCCACAGGCAGGAGGUUACCCUGCCGCCCAGCCUGGGACCUACCCCAACAUGCCCCCUGCUGCAGGUGGAUGGGGCGCCCAACCUGGCUUUGGAGCUCCCGGAGGAGGAAUGCCUCAGGGAUACCCCGGGGUCCCAGCGCCAGGACAGCAGCCCAUGCCAGCGUACCCAGGUGCCCCGGUGCCGAACCCGUCGAUGCCCGGGUACGGAGGAGGCGCUCCGGCUGGACCAACACCUCCGGCCGCUCCCGCUGUCAAUAAGGGUUACCGCGGCACCAUGAAGGACUGUCCCGGUGCCGAUCCUCUCAGAGAUGUCGAAGUGUUACGGAAAGCCAUGAAAGGCUUCGGAACUGAUGAGAACGCCAUCAUCGAGCUUCUCGGCAAUCGAACCGUCAAGCAGCGCGUGCCGUUGUUGGCGGCCUACAAAACCACCUACGGCAAGGAUCUGAUUCACGACCUGAAGUCGGAGCUGACGGGAAACUUUGAGAGUUUGGUGUUGGCCAUGCUGAAGAGUCCUGCGCAGCUCGACGCCUCUGAACUGAAGGCGGCCAUAUCGGGCGCAGGAACCGACGAGGCCUGUCUCAUAGAGAUCCUGUCCUCCCGCAGUAAUGCUGAAAUCAAGGAGAUCACGAGGUUGUAUAAAGCAGAUUACGGUAAAUCUCUGGAGGACGCCAUCACCAGCGACACGUCUGGACACUUCCGGCGUCUGCUCGUCUCUCUCUGUCAGGGUAAUCGAGAUGAGAGAGAGACUGUGGACGUUUCUCUGGCCAAACAGGACGCUCAGAAACUCUACGCUGCGGGAGAGAAUAAAGUCGGCACGGACGAGUCUCAGUUCAAUGCGAUUCUGUGCGCUCGCAGUAAACCUCACCUCAGGCAAGUGUUUCACGAGUACCAGCAGAUGUGCGGUCGAGACAUCGAGAAGAGCAUCUGCAGGGAGACGUCUGGAGACUUGGAGUCUGGCAUGGUGGCAGUGGUGAAGUGCAUUAAAAACACUCCUGCCUACUUUGCUGAACGGCUCCACAAGGCCAUGCAGGGUGCGGGCACCAAAGACAGGACUCUGAUCCGCAUCAUGGUGACCCGCUCUGAGGUGGACAUGCUGGACAUCAGACAGGAGUAUCUGCGUCAGUUCGGGAAGUCACUCUACACUCACAUCUCUGGAGACACAUCUGGAGAUUACAAGAAACUGCUGCUGAAGCUGUGUGGAGGAAGUGACUGAAGAACCACGACGACAGACACGUUACCACGAUGACGGGAUAUGUGGCGUCGUCAUAUUAAUCUUGCUCAUAUAUAUGUCAGAUAAUAGAGUCAUGUUAACUAAUACAGUAAUCUUUCUCUUCAUAGCUUUAUAAAGUUCACAGCCAAAAUAGCAUGUCAUUUGUGCCUUAGAGACAUUAUUAUUAUUAUAAUUCAGUUUAUUAUUUGUUUUAUUUUGCUAUCUAAUCAGACUAUGCAUGAUAUCUAGAGAAUAUAUAUAUUUUGUAACAGUUGAUGCAUCAAUAUAUAUAUAUAUAUGUGUACAGUGUCUUCAGUAACUGAUGCCAAAGGUCAAUCAGAACUAUAUCUGUUUCAACAAUCUGAAAAUCAUCACUGAAAUCUCAGAUGCCUUGAAGAGUCACUUGAAGUGCUGAAAUAUAUGCCAUAGUUUUAUAUAGUGAGCUUUAUGAUCUCUAUGCAAGAGUUCAUGAUGAAUAUAUAAUCAUGUCAAUCAUCAUGAAGGUCUCGAUGGGUGAAUCUCAUGAAAACACGUCAUAUUUCAACCUUAAAAAUAAGUGACGCCUGAUUUAUGAACACUAAGAUCUUUUUGCGUUGUUGUUUUUUUUUAUCACAAUUAGGUAAUUUUCCAUACAUUUCCAUGACUGAUGCAUCUAGACUCAUUGUCAUUCUUAUGUAUAGUGAUUCUUAAUACUGUAAUACAAUAUUUUUUGCUGUUUUUAUAGCAAAAAAAAAAACUAAAAUCAUAUAUAAAAAGCAUACAAUUUGAAUUUCCUUUUACAGUUUAAAAUAAGAUUUUUGCAUCAAAGUUAUAUAUAUUAAUGGUUCUAAGAUAGACGUAAUUUUUUAUUCACGCAAAACAUAAUUUCAUAUUCUAUUUGAGUUUGAGGUGAAAUAUGACCAGUUUUGUGAGCUUCACCUUUUCUUUUUCUUUUUUUAGCAUGAAUGUGUUUCGCUGCAGCAGUAGAGGGCGGUAAAGUGACCAAUCUCUCAUCAUGAUAAUCACUAGCUGUGUUAUGCUGUUUAUUAACAUGAAGACUACUCUUUUUCAGGGAUUUACUAGUCUGUGAUUUAAUAUGUUCACUCAGCCAACUAAUCUGUACUGUUUUGUCUAAUAACAUUUGUGUCUGUUUAAUAAAACACUUUAUAAAUGUUAA